GGGGUGGCGGGCUUCAGGGUCUAAGAAGCACUCACGAUCUGCGGCAUACCGGGCACUAACGGCUUCAUAACCGGCUCUAUAGACUCACGCUCUGCUUCCUCCACGCCCCGCCACUUUCCUCGCCGGUGCAACCGUCCUUUCUGUGCUGUGCUGCCUCCGAUUCACUGCGAGCAGGCCAGGCGCAAGCCGCAAUUGCUCGGCAGCAGAACCGCGGCGAAGGGCAACGAGCGCCGCCUAUACCCACACGGCGGCGGAUUUCUGAAUUCAGGAGGCAUAUAUAAACCCCCUCCCUACCCCCUCCAUCGAAUCGUCAUCACACUCUCUUCAAACACCUUCCUUCAUCACACCACACCUCUUCAACCACCUUCGCUUCAGCAACCAAUUCCUUGCACUCAACAAUUGCCAAGCAUGGAGACCGUUGGACUUCGUGCCCAGUUCCUCCAGGGCGAGCCUGGCCUUGCCAAGUCUGUUCGCAAGUUCGCCCCGGCCAUGACCCUCGACUCAAAAGUCAAGACUGUGGUCCAGCCGGGCCCGGACAUCGAGUGGGAUCCGUCCUUCUCUACGUACGAGAAGCGUGUUGCUGCGCUCGCUCAGCAGGGCCUGCCGCGAGCCAAAGAAGUCCCGGCGGGCUUUCCUGCGCAGGUCGAUGCUCCGUGGGUGUGGUCGGGCGCCGACUUGGACGAGGCCAAGUACGUCGUGAAGCUGGACGGCACCGAGAUCGCCGAGGUCGAGAAGGCUUUGGAGCACUUCAAGAAUCUGCCGGGAAAGCUUGGCGUGGGCCAUGUCUGCCAGGAGACGUUCCCGCUCCCAACCCUGCGCCCGAUGCUCGAGGGCCUGGCGAAGACGCUGCACCUGGGAAUUGGCUUCAGCGUGAUUCGUGGCCUGGAUCCGAAGCGCUACACGCCGUUGGAGAACGCGGUCAUCUACCUUGGCAUCACUGCGUACAUCGGCGAGAAGCGUGGAGUGCAGGAUGCUGGUGGCAGCAUGAUGAUUCACGUCAAGGAUCUGGGCAGCCAGAUCCCCGGCUCUGAGCUGCGCCAGGCGCCGUAUGCGCGCAACCCCCAGCCUUUCCACAAUGACGUAUGCGACAUCUUGGCGAUGUAUGUGCAGCAGCAGGCAGCGUCUGGCGGCGAAUCCAUGCUGGCUUCAUGUGCGAAGAUCUACAACGAGAUCGCCGAGCAUCGCCCCGAUGUGAUCCAUACACUGGCAGACCCGAGCUGGAUCUUUGACAAGCAAGUGCUUUCGCACACGACGCCCGCUUUCUGGCACAAGCGCGCCCUCCUCUUCAAUUUCGCCGGACAUGGCCCGGGCUUCUGCUUCUCGCGUCGCCCCAUUACCGCAUCGCCCACCUCCCCGCGCUCUGCUGGCGUCCCGGCCAUGACCGAAGUGCAGGCCGAAGCCAUUGAUAUGGUCCACUUCACUGCCGCCAAGCACCAGAUAUCGAUGCGUCUGCAGCCGGGCGACAUCCAGCUCAUCAACAAUCUAGCCUGCCAGCAUGCCCGCGCGGGCUUCACCGACUCCGCUACUGAGCAGCGCCACAUCAUCCGCCUUUGGCUUCGCAACGAGAAUCUGGCGUGGAAGACCCCGGACGGUCUCAAGGCCACCUGGGCCGAGAAGUACGGCGACGCCUCGGAGUGGCGCAAGAUUGCCAAAUGGAGCGUCGAGCCUGGUGCGACCCGCGAGCGUGUCAUCUGCCGCAAACACAGCUGCUCCUAAGUCUGUGGCCUCACUUGCGAGUGACUCUUGAGACUAGUCAAUCUGCAGAGUCCUUCGGUCUACGACUUCGGAUGGUUUUCUGCGGGGUUUUCAGCGGCUCUGCUAUUUUCUUUGCAUUGUGAUAUUCCCUGCCCGGGCUCUUUCGGUUUCCAUCUUUCAAUUUGGCGGUUGGACUGAGGAUGCAUUUUUCCGAGGGCUGGUCUUGACGAAUCCCCCUGUUUUUUUCUCUCAUCAUGAUAUCUGCGCUGGUAGAGGCCUGCAUUGGGACGGAUACUAGUGUGCUGGAGUUUCGGUGUCUGCAGUCAGGGGCUGUAUUAGCUUCUGGCUGGAUGGGAUAAAUGGGGGUGCAUGGCCGGAUAGGGAAGUUACAUACUUUUUACCGAUACAGGUAAAUGUUCACUUUGGUUUCAGGUUCAUACUUGGAUAGCUGAAAUGCUCGCUGAGGCUCC